CAAAAUACAAUGGCAAUGGUGAAGGAAAAAAACUCCCCUUAUCUUCCCAACUUGUUUGAGGAUGCAGGCCACUGUACUGCCUUGUUGAAUCAUCAUCCUUUCAUCAGCUUUGAGGCUUGGAUACAACAUGAGUAACCAAACCAAGCACAGGAUGUCAUGGCAUUGCCCCUUCCUCAUGUCAGGAACAGUGGGGAAGAGUUAGAAUCAACGAUCGGGGAAAGUAGUUCCUGACCCCUGAUUUGCGCUCCUCUAAUGUGUGGGUGCGUGUGUGUGUGUGUGUGUGUGUGGCUGUUGAGGUAUGGGCUGAGCAUUCAUUGUUGAGCUAAACCUGUGUACUGUACGAGGAAAGUUAGAGCGGUUAGGAACAGUUAGAAUCAAUGAUCGGCAGAUUAGUUCCCAACUCUCAUUUUGCGCUCCCGUUGUGUGUGGGUGCGUGUGGGUGUCUACCGUGCCAUUGCAUUCAUUGUUCUGUUUCCAUCUGCGUGCAAGGAAAUUGAGAUCGCUCGGAGAGCCCCAUAUUUGGAGUCGCACGUGUGUGCCUUGAGUGAAUUCAGGAAGAGGAGGAAACAGUAUUUUCACUUUCAGGAUGAUAUCGGUCUUGUGUUAAUCGCUUUUUACUUUUAGUUUUGCCUGUCUCCAAUCUGAUUGAUAAUCAGAUCUUUCUGAUGGAUUGAUGUGAAGGAAAUAUAUAUAUAUUGUGAAGUUAUUGAGACUGGUGCUAAUUAUGGAGUCGUAAAUCAGACCUUAAACAGGAGAUGCCAAUUUUGCACUUAAUGAAGUUGGUUUCCAGGAUUGAUGUAUCGAAUGGAUAUUGAUAUGACAUUGAGUUGAAAAACAGUUUGUAUUUAUAAAUGACUUUGGUUUCAGUUCCAUUAUGUGCACACAUGUGACAUUUUUUAUUACUCAAAGACAAUGUGACAUUGUCCCCACAGGACCUAAGAAAGAAAUCCAUCAUGCAAUAGUUUGGGGUCUGCAGGAGGUUUAAUGACAGAAACAAUGGACAUUUCAGGAUUCUAGGAUGCUACCUUCUUUGUGAUGUCUUUGAAACAAAGAAGACAUCAAGUAUUGUCUUUCGAGAAGUGCACAUCUACGGACUUACAUGGAGUAACAACACACCUUCCAAGGUACCACGAUACUCUCCUGAAGCAUUAUAAGUCUUUAAAUUAAAACAAAGGAAGGCAUCUUGCGACAAGUGCCACUCUGUGGACAGUUUAAUCUACUCUGGAUGUGGAAUGAUCUAUGACGGAUGAUAGAUCAGCCAAAUCGUUAAAAGCUCUUCGAUCUCUACCCAUCGCUGAUGUUUUGAUGACGAGGAACAGCUGUCGCUGUCGCUGUUCGAGUGAAAGCUUGCUCAAUUGCGGGGCUAUUCUCAUAUUAAUGAGUCACUCUGUUGAUGAGGGUCACAACUUGGGUGUCGUAAUCAAUGCAAAGAUGAUGCUCGCACCAUGUGAAAACUUGCUGAUGUUCUACUGAUAGAUACUUUGGUGACUAUUCGUUGCGUCAUUGCGCUACUGAUUUUGUCGCUUAUUGAUCGUAGCGAUCUUCCAGUAGUUUUUCAAUCACAUCCUGUAUUUGUGACCUCACGAUAUAAUAGGAAGACAUUGACGUUUCCGGAAUGCGAACAACAGCUGUCGUAGAAUUUCAAAUAUUGGAUAAUUACAACAAUGUGGUGCAUGUGGAUGAUUUUAUUGCUGUUGUUCUGAUGUGGACCUUUAAGCCUUUGCUUUUGGAAUAAAGGAGGAAGGAUGCGCAAUUGACAUUGGAGACAAAGGAGCGAGGAAUACUAUUUCCUUGGUCUUUCGGGAAAUACAUUCAUAGUGUUGGAUUCCAGUGGUAACCUUUUUGAUUUUGAGAAAAUUUUGCAGUGAUUUGUUCCUUAUUCACUGUAUACUUUUUACAGUAUCCUGGCUUUAUCAUUUGCAUAUGGGACCAGAAAAGUAGGAAAUGUAUAUUCCAUGACAUCACUUUAGAACCAUUGUUUAUUAUUAGACGGGAAUGAGGAGAGACUUGUGAAAGUUGUGACAAUGACGACCAGACUGCAAAGAAACUACCUGCCCCGCUCUCAGUCCAUGAAGACGCGACGUCCUCCCCCGGUCCUGGAGGCCGUGGCCAGAAGCGAGAGCCGCGGGUGUCUGAAGGCGGACAGGUGCGGCGGGCAUAGAAUGCGGUUCCGCCCCCGCAUGGUGAGGGAGCCCAAGCUAUCCCAGGACAAGUUGAUUGAGUUGUGGAACUGGGGCAGGCUCAGGGAGGGGUUCUCCAGCAACAUGUGGGCGUGGGUUGAACACCUUUUGAGGGUGCACCACCUACACUGUAAGGGCAUUGACAACAUGGAGGAGUUUGACCUUCAUCCUCAGACUCCUACCAGUGCACAGGCCCAGCCCGAUCUGUUUGCCACGCCCGGCUCCCCCGACCCCUUCGUUCUAGCGGGUCCUCCAGCAGCAGCUCCUCCAGCAGCAGCUGCAUUUGGAGCCUCAGAUCCUUUCAAAGUCCAGGCAACUCAUUCACCUGCAGUAAACGGCGCUGCACCCCCUCCUGCAGCCACUAGUACCCCAUCAAAUGACCUCUUUGCAGAGUUCAAAGACACAUUCACAGCUCCACCAGCUCAACAGGCAGUCCAUGCCUUUGCAGGUAUGUCCAUGGGUCAGACGGCACCUAAUCCCUUCGGGGGUAUGCAGACCGCCCCUGCACCCUUUCAGGCCAACUUCGGUGGAAUGGGUGGCAUGCCAGCAGCAUUUGGCGGUGCACCGGCAGCCUAUGGAGGUGCACCAGCAGCCUUUGGAGGUGCUCCUGGAGCUUAUGGUGCCCCUGCACGAUUUGGGGCUCCCCCUGCGGCGCAGCAGCCUGCAGAUCCCUUCGGCGGAAAUGACAUGUUUGGUGACAUUGUGCUGAAGCCAGAAGCAACAGCAGCAGCUGCCCUCCUGAACAACACCCAGCCUGCCGGGUCGGAUCCCUUCUCAGGCCUCGGAGCCCUGGGUUCUUCUUCCAAGGCAGAUGCCCCGAAAAGCACCAAAGAUAUGUUCGCCAACUACAAGAUAGGGAAGCCUGGUGAAGCACAGCCUGCACCUGAGAUUAAGCUGACAGGAGGACCCAAGAGACCACCACCAGCCAUCCCAACGAGUCCUCAAAGCAGUACGUGUCCAGCUGUUCUACCCCCAUCUAGUCUUAAAUUGAUAAAGCCCCACUCCCAAGAGAAGGGGAAUUUUGAUAUGCCCUCCCCCCAGGGGCCGCCCCCUCCUCUCCCUCCCGAUGCCAUUGACAUCAAGAAACAGGAUAAACCUGAGGUGCCAAUUAAUGCCCCUUUUGCCCCCAAACCUGAGCCAAACAAAGACCAUGACUUAACCUUGCCCUCACCUACUAACUCACCUCCUCCCUUGCCUAAUUAUAUGAAUAUUAAUGACAUCCAUGCUAGCUUUCCACUCCCCGAAAUCAACUUUGAUAGUAACAGUCCUCCCCCGCCCCCACCUCCUCGCUCAAGACCAGGGCAGCUUAGACUGUCCAACUCCAAUCCCCUUCCAGUUCCUCCAAGAAACAGGACAAGAUCCUCCCAGUCGUCACCACCCCACAGCCCCCACUCAGAGACGGCGAGCAUCAAAUCGUGCGAUGCUCGCUUCUUCUCCGCCCCUUCUCCCGACCCCAACCGAGUCUCGUCCCCUUCCAUAGUGUCCACCUGUAGCGCUUUAAGUACCCUUGAUGAGACUCAGGGCGAGGAUAGCUCGUCAGGUAUUACCAGUAACUCUGCUCCAUCGCAUUCUAACAGUAUGAACAGCUUAUCUAGUGUCUUUGAUAGUAACAAUGUAUCCACUGACACAUUUGAUAAUGAAUCUAAUACGGCUUCACCCUCGCCUAGUCCCAUUGCUCCAUCUUUGUGUCAUGAUAACUCCACCACUAGAGCUAUCGACAUUAUACCAUCUCAUUUCACAUUGUCAGCUUCUCAGCCCAAGAGGCCAUGUUCCACCUCACAAGACUCUCUCUAUAGCUCUGUCGAAACCCUCUCCCCUUCCUCCACACAAUCUAUGCAUCCAUCUUUCACAAGUAAUCAAAAUUCAAGUCACGACACGUUUACGUCCUCAUCCCGCUUCAUGUCAUCGUCGACGACUGUAUUCUCCACGUCGGCGCCGGUCAUUCACGACUCCCUCAUGGUCGGGAAGUCACGUUCACAUCACUCGCUCUCGCCUCUCACGCUUCCGCAACUCCCAGUCCACGAUGAUCCAUUUGCAGACGAUCCAUUCUCGCGCCAUUCUCCAUCUGUCAAGAAAACAUUCGUGCUCAAUUCAUUCGCGGACUUCUCAUCUUCCGUUUCCACCACCACCGACACCAAGAGUCUCUCGCAAAACUCUGAAAAAGUGUGGACAUCUCAUACAAUCACGAACAUGAAUAAUGACUUGCCGUCUGAUGUUGUCGUCAAUUCAGAUCCCUUCGGUGGUGCUCCGGUUACCAAUGGCAACAGUGGAAGCAGCAACCUAUUUGGAAAUCAAUUUGAUACCUUUGACUUCAGUACCAAUUAAUUGUCAACUCUAUUCUUCAACUGUCAGCUAUGAUUCUGAACUAGCCAAUCACAGUGCUCGUUCACCAUCAACCAGCCAAUCACAGUCCUCGCUCACUCACCAUCAACCGGUCAGCCAAUAGCCAGCAAGCUUCUUGUCGCAGUCUCUUCGUCUUCCUUCAGAUAAUUUUUGACACCAGUAUGAAAACAUUCCUGACAUCAACGAUGAUGAAAUUUUUUACAUGACACAUGCUCGAUCAUCGGCUUAAUAAAGCUGGUAUAUGUCUUUGGAAAUAAAUUGUACAGUAGAUAUAUACAUGUAUUGUGCUUGUGAUGUGAAACGUAUUCAAUCAAUGAUAUUCCUGUAUGACUGUAAGGACUUUAUGGUCAUUAUGAUGUAACAAUUAUAUAGUUAAUUUGUUAUAAUGCAUACAGACUUUGAUAUAUAUAUAUAUAUAUAUAUAUUUUUUUUUUUGGGGGGGGGGGUACAUAUAGUAUGAACCAUGAAUGCAACAGCGAAAGUAUUGUUUUGGAGCCUAAUUUGACAUGAAUAGGAUGAAACACAUAUCAUAUUCAAACAUAUUAUCCACAUUACCCCAUAAAGCAUUGUGUUUUGGGGAACGCUCGGGGAAACAAAUUCUGCAUGGCGGAUUGCCCAACUAUUUUUGUUUGAGUUUCCCUUACAAUUAGGGCAUUUCCCGACAUGAAAUUUUGCUCGACCAAAAUGAAAGCUAGGCUAUUCCCUUUCAGCUUCACGUUAAUCUUCCAAGUUUUAUAAUACACGUACAUACCACUGUUAUGCAAGAUACAUGUACAUACAUGUACAUAAUUUGUUUUCACAAACACUGGUUGUUUGUGGGUACAAGCAAACCAUACAAGCAAUAUCAGAUUAACAGUAUUUCAGCUACAUGUAUUGAAAAUUUCCUCAUUUUUUAGUUAAUUGUCUUUAGAAUGAAGACAAAUAUUCAGUAUUUAAGAUAACCUAUCUCUCUUUAUUAUGCAAGAAUAUAAAUUACUUGUGUCAAUCUUUGAGUCCAUCCAUCAAGCACUUCUUUUUUUCCUUUAAAAAAAAUGUGCAUGGCACCAUUGCUAUAUUAGCAAUCUACAUAUACAGAUUUAUUUGUAAUAACUAAUGCUACAACUAUUUUGUUAUCUGAUAACUUUCAUUGUUUUUUGCCAAUAAAUAUUACAAUGUCUUGCCUGUCUGGAAAACAAUAUAUGUCACAAAAACUCAACAUCUAUUAUCAUGUGAAAUGUAGUAGUACAUUGAAGAAUAGUUCUGUGAUGUAAACUCUAGAAACAUAUCAACUCAUUUUGCAAUGUAUGGCCUUUAUUUUGCCAUUGCUCUUGAUACUUUUGGGGCGAAUUUUACUCAACAAAUUAUUGUGUAUUGACGAUACCACUUUGCAGUAUUUUGAUGCAAUAUUUUCUUCCAAUUGCAACACUUUUAUACAAACAUAUGGGAAUCGAUAUGCUUGGAGUUCUUGUUGUGAGGACUACACACUGAGUUUCACAGUAUUUACUACAUGUAGUUUUUAGGUAAUGCUUCCGUAAGUUGUCGGUCUGUGCCUGGUGUAUCAUUCUUUCAGCUGUGCACUUUUUUUGAGAUUGAAUUCUUAUAAUAUCGAUCGGCAAAGUUUGUUUCUUUCAUUUUUUCAACUUUUUUUGUAUAGUGCAUGAAUGCAAGAAAGUAAAUAAUUCAAAUAUAUCCUUUAUUUCAGUACCAUGAAUAAACUUUUGUUUGCAAACAGAGUAUAACGUGAAAGGGAAUGUGUCACACGGACUUGUAAUAUGAAGUCUAAUACUUUCGGGGAGCCUGCCUCUUCAAUUUGAGUGCUGUAUCAAUGCUACUGAUCGUAUCAAGAUCAUGAAGUACAUGUAGUCUAUUGGGAGCCAGUGGGAUGGUAAUUUCGGUACUCUCAACAAAGUUUUGGUACUCUUUGAAGAUAAAUAUUGUGGAAUAGCUACUGCAGGUGCUAUUGUAAUCGUUACUGUCUUUUUUUCUACAGAUGUUUAUAUGAAAUUGUAUGAAUAUGUUUAAUCGUGAUGGACAACUCAUGAGAAGUAUAACUACUGAUGAGAAUAAUGUGGUAAUAUGCUUGCCAGAACUUACAGCAAACAAAGUAACUUUCUUCCUUUUCAUUCAAUGCCUGUAUUUUUUUUUUUAAUAAUGUUAUUAUACAACUUUCACAUUUUCAUUUUGUCUUCCAAUUAAGUCUUUUUUUUUAAAUGAUUCUUUCUUUUGAUUGUACAAUGUACAUAUAUAAACAUUCCUUAUCUUUUGAUCAUACACAUGUAGAUAGUGUAGCCUUAUAGUUAGUGUUUACAAAAUUGUUUAUAUGAUUAUGAUUGUCUUUGUGUUGUAUAAUUGUGUACAAGUGAUGUUCACUACAUGUAUUCAUGUAAUUCCAGAGCAGAGACCUAAUUUUCUACAAGGCAAACAACCUUCAUCAAAACAUAUAUCUCUUAACUCUUCCUUUCAACUGUGAUUGAAAUUUUCUUACAGAUAUAUUCAAAAUAUUAUACUCCUUUGUUGACAAGUACUUGAGUGUGCAUGGAAGAGAGUGCAACAAUUUUUUUUUUUCCUGAAUUGAAUUUUAAAAAACGUUUCCAAUACUAGGAUGGAUUUAUGCUAGGAUGGUGAAAGCUUUGCUUGAAACAUUUUUAUAUGCAAGCUUAUACUUUGUUUGGACAGGUACCAGGUAUGCAGAUAUGGGUAUUGAUGACUAAAACAGAAUUAAAUUAAACUUUAAUACUGUUGUAUAUGAUAUAUCGCUUUAGUUUGUCAUAGGAUAUUGGGCGAGGGGAAUGAAAUCUUAUCAUCACAAGUGUUUUUGCAGAUCAGUGACUCUUUACACUUUGAUUCAAGAGACAUUUCAAUUUGUAUCAUGUUACAUCUUUUCUCUUUGGCUAUAUAACUUCAUCAGACUAUUAAUGAGGAAAGGUAUUCUCAGAUAGAGGGCUGUACUUUUUCAAACUUUUUUGUUCGAGGCAAUGCACUUAUUUGGUAUGAGGAGAACAUGGCUUCAAAAAUAUUUUGAAAAAACCCCAAAACAUUGAUACUUUAUAUUAUAUGUUUCCUGAAGAUACUAGUUCCGAAUCACAUUACUCUGUUUUUCCACCAUUUUUCUUAUUUAAUUCAAUUAUCAUUUUGUUAUUUUUCUAUUCAAAUGUAUUUCAUAGAUGGUGACGGCGAUUAUUUUUUUCUCAAUUUCUACUAGUGAAGUUUUCAUCUGGGAUGUUUUUCUUCUAUCUCUACGACGACAUCGGCAAAUUUAUCUUUGCGAUUUUCAAAGCUUAUGAUUAAUAUUUUGUUAUUGUUUCUUUAUAUCAUGUUUCUUUAUAUCAGAUUUUCUUUUCAAUAGAAAAUGAUGUCUUCCAAACGAUGAGAGGCAAAACAUCAAGUAAAAUUGAAAUCACCGCAAAAAUUUGAUCAAAAUAGAUUCUUUCAGCUCAUUUUAAAGUUAAACUGGAUAUUUUUAUAGCAUCAAUUGAUAGGAAUAAAUAAUCAGGUGAAUCUAUUCAAGAUAUGAAUGAUUUUUUUUUUUACAGAAGUUUUGAUCAUGGUUAUCUUUGAACCAUAUGAGCAUUCAAUCAAAAGAAAUCUGAUUCAGUUGGGUAAUCAGAAAAUUUCGAUAAAAUUUCUAUUCUUUUGGGGAUUUCUAAAACACUAUUUCUAGAUUCAACGAUGCAGUAUUUCAAUAUACAUGUGAUGCUUUGCCCGUGUGAUUUGUUGAUUCUUGCCAAAGUAUUAUUGAGCAAAUCAUUUCAUUACUUAUGUCUUUUUUUAUUACUAGUAAGUAGAGCUCUUUUUUAAUCAUUGUGUAAUGAGAUAAUCUCUUGAUUUAUACAAAGACUACAUAAAUAUAUUUACUUAUCAUCAAA